AUGGCGGCGGGAGCCGGGGAGGCGGCGCGGAGCCAGGCCUCCCUGCAGCGCCGGCUGCAGAGCUCGCAGGAGGCGCAGCAGCGGCAAGCGGUGCUGGUGCGGAAGCUGCAGGCGAAGGUACUGCAGUACCGGACUCGGUGUCGAGAGUUGGAGCAGCAACUGGAAGCAGGACGGGGAUCCCUUCCAGGCAGGUGGGAAGCCACAGAAGACCACAGCCUGGAGAAAGCACUGCUUCAGGUGGAAGAGGAGCAGCAAAGGUGUGAGAAUCUGGCAGAAGUGAACACUCUCCUGCGGGAGCACCUCGAUAAAGCAAAUGAGGUUAAUUCAGCCCUCAAAGAAGAUGUUGGAAAACUGACGGUGGAUUGGAUGAGGGCCCGGGAGGAGCUGGAGUUGAAGGAGGGCGAAUGGCGCAAUGAACGUGAGCUUUAUGACAGCUACUUGAGGGGUGAAUGUAACCGUCUACUCAGCCUAUGGCGUCAGGUGGUAACCUUCCGCCGUCAUUUCCUGGAAAUGAAGACUGCCACUGAGCGAGAUCUGUCCGAGCUGAAGGCAGAGCAAAUGAGGCUUUCUGGGUCGAUACUUGCAAACUGCUCCCAUCUAAACUCUGGCGUACAGCUCUGGGAGUCCGUCACUCUGGGUAGACCUGUCCUGAAGGAUCAGGCACAGCAGCAAGCGGGACAGGAGAUAAACGAGGAGGCUCAGGCAGUGAUGUGCUUACAGGUCAAGGGAGACCUGGAGAAGAAGGAGCUUCAGGACAGGGUGAUGGAGCUCUCAGCCUUGCUUGUACAGUCCCAGAAGCAGAACGAGGAGAAGGAGAAGACCAUUAAAACACUUAACGACACUGUGGAGAUUCUAGAAGCAAGUCGGCUAGAGAAAGAAUAUGAAGCUUCAUUGACUAGAAGUGCCAAGGAGGAGAAUCAUUCCCUCCAAAAGCUGAUCAAAGAUAUAACUGAGGUGGUGUUAGAUGACAGUGACAGCACAGUCAGCAUUGUCUGCCCUGAGAGUUCCCAGCGUGCAGAGCCUGGCAACAUCCUCUCUUGUGUGAGCUCCGUUGAUGCAGAGCAUGCCUUUGCAUUGGUUCAGGAAGCACUGGCAAGGAGGCGAGGAGCAACACAGGCCCUGAAAGAAGAGCUUUCUGCCAGGCAGGACUCUAUUGAUUUCCUGCGGCACCAGCACAGACAGCAGGAAGAGCAGUGCAGGAAGCUGCAGCAAAGGCUUGAGCAACUGGAGGAGGAACGCAAGACAUCCAGCAGCCACCGGCAGCACCUCCAGUCUCUGGUAGAAGCACUCAGAAGUGACUGUGCAAACCUGGAGAAAAGCAGGCAAGAGCUCCAGCAACAGCUUGAAGCAACGGAGCAGGAAGCCUCGCGUCUGCGUCAAAGUAACGCUGAACUGCAGCUGAAGGAAGAUUCAGCCCAGGGGGCAAAGGCAGAGCAGCAAGAGACGAUGGAGAGAGUGCGUCGUGACCAGGAGCUCCUCCUGAAGGACUUAGCUGCUCUUGAAGGCAAACAUUCCUCAUUACAGAGUGAGUUGGUAGUCACGAGAGAGACACUGGAGGAAUCGCACCUUCAGAGGGAUCUGCUGAAGCAAGAGAAACAGGAGCUUACCAUGGCACUGGAGAAGGCAGAGCAGUCAGUAGCAGAGUUGACAGGGGCUCAGCAUAAGCUGAGUGCUGAAAUAGCUGAGCUACGAGCUGCCACAGCGAACAUGAGCAGUAUCAAUGAAGCUCUUGCAUUGGAUAAAGUGCAACUGAACAAACUUGUGCUGCAGCUGGAGCAAGAGAAUGAAGUUCUGUCAGGCAAAGUGGUUGAGAUGGAGAGAGCAAGGCUCUCUGACCAGGAGAAGCUGAACUCGUGCGAAAGAACCAAUGAAGAGCUCUGCGCAGAGAAAGCCCACCUGGAGCGGCUGCUGAAGAAAGCAGAGGAGCAAGAGGAGGGGCUGCGGGUAGAGUUGACGCUACUGGCAGAGGAGAAGGAAGAAACCCAAGAGAAACUCAGUCAGGUUUACCGCCAGCAAGAGUCGGCUAGCAGUGAUCUGGAGCAGUUGCGCCAGGAGUCCUCUCGCCAAGGGCAAGCACUGGCCAAGGUGGCCAAAGAGAAGGAAAUGCUGGUGCACAAGAAGGCUGCCCUAGAGGUGCGACUGGCAGCCCUGGAGCGGGACAGACAAGGCCUUUCGGAGCAGCUGGCAGAGGCCAGGUCAGCAAAGGAGACCCUGGAAUCCAGCCUGUUUGAGGCUCAGCAGCACUUAUCCCAGCUGGAGAUCGCCAGGAGUCAGCUUGAAAUCCAACUUCAGGCAGCCGCGCAGGCCAAGGAGGUGAUACAAGGGGAAGUGAAGUGCCUUCAACGUGAGCUGGAAGCAGAGAGAUCUCUCAUGAAGCAGGAACGGGAAAACAUGGUGCAAGAACUUCUGCGGACCGAACAGCAGUGUAACGAUACCCUUAAACUCUGGGAAACUGAUCGUGAAGUGGAAAUAAAGAAGCUCCUGCAAGACCUGGCAAGCGAGCGGGAAGGGCACCAUUCAAAGCUGCAGGAGAUGCUGGAGCAAUGGGAAAAGGAGAAGGCAGAGACAGAAGGGGAGCACGAGAAGCAGCUGUUUGAUAUGAAGCAGAAAGUUGCUACCAUGCAAGCUCAACAAGAAGAGGAACGAACCAGAGUUGAAAAUGCCAAGCAAGAGGUCCUGCUCGAAAAGGAGAGUGAGAAGAAUGCUUUAUUAGAGACGCUACUCCAAAGUCAGGGAGAGCUAAGAGAAGCCUGCCAGCAGCUAGAGCAGCUCAGGCAGGAGAUGAAAGAGCAGCAAGAGAAUGGGCAGAACAUCACCGAGAAGCUGCAAGCAGAGCUGCAGGAAACUCGGAGUAAAAUCAAGGCAGUGGAGAAGAGGCACAAGGAAGAAAUGAAAACCAUCAAAGAGGAAAUGAAUAUCCUUCUUCAGCAGAGGGAUGCUCUGCAAAAACAGGUGGAAGAGUUGACCUCUCAGCUAGCAGCUUCCGAAGAGUCCCAGCAAGUGAUUGGCCGCAAAGCUCAGGAAGAUCUGAGUGAGGUACAGGCACUUUCAAGGCAGAAGGAUCUGGAGGUUGCGCACCUCCAGAAGAUCCUGGAGGAAAAGAGGAGUCAAUGGGAGGAGACAGAACAUCAGAACAAGGAGCUUCAAGUGUGUCUGCAGUCCUUGGAGGGGGAAAGGAGUCGAUGGGAAGAAGUGGAGCGUCAUAACACAGAAUUUCAGGCUUCUUUGAAGGUCCUAGAGGGGGAAAAAGCCAGGCUGACUCUGUCUCUGGAAGAGAAGGAACUGAGCCUCAGAACCCUGGAAGAAAACAACCUUGCCCAGCACAACAAGGUGUCUCAGCUUCUUUCUGCUAUUCACCAGGCCCAGCAGCUCCAUUCAGACCACAGAAGAGAAAUACAGGAGCUCAACAACCAGGUACAGUCACUGCAGGAAGUAGUGCUGGAGAAGGAGGCUGGCCUGGCAACUCGAGAGGAGCAGCUGCUACAGGAUCUGGAGCAGUCCCGCGCAGGAGAACGGUGCUUGAGGGACUCUUUGCGCAUGCUGGAAGCUGAGAUGUCUGAACUGCGUUUGAGGCUUUGUAGCACAGAGAACAGAGCAAAAGCAUUGGCCACAGAGUGUCAGCAGGCUAACAGUGCCCACAGUGAAGCCCGAUCCCAGCUGGACAAACUGCACUUGGUUCUCCACCGCAUGAUCUGUGACAGCAGAGACUUAGUCACUUGGAGUUCAGAACAGGGUCACGUCUGGGGCCUAACUGUUUCUGAGGCCAGGGACCUCCCUGCAGAGCUCACAGUGGACAGAGUGGCAGCAGCCCUAGAAGACCUGCGUCAGCAGCUGAAGCAGACUCAGCAGGACCUGAAUGACGCAAAGAAGAAGAUACAGGACUUGGAGAUGGAGCUGAGCGAGAGGCAAGCUGAGAGGGACCAUUUCAGUGCCCGCAAUCAUGAGCUGCAGAAACAGUUGGCUCAAAGCCAGGAAGAAACACAGAUGGCAGAACGCAACAAGAACUCUCUACAAGCUGCCUUGCAGGAAGAGGCUGCUGUUCUGAAGGAGGAGGCUGUGACUCUACAUCAAGAGGUGGCGUCUUUGGAAAGGAAACUCGAGAGCACUGAGAAGCAAAGAAAGGAUGUCCUGCAUGAACGGGACAGACUGCAAGCACUUAAAGAAAAACUGGUAUGGGAGGUAAAACUUCUUCAGGAAUCGGUCACAGCCUCUGAAACCCGAGCAAAUACAGCAACAGAUAGGAAUCACUCCCUUGAACAAGAACUCCAAACUACGCUGUCUAUCUUAAAAAUUAAAAGUGAGGGAGUGGAAACACAGUGGGAGAAAAUCCAGAUGCUACAGAAAGAGGCAGCAGAGGUAAAAGCUUUGCAGGAGAAUCUCACUCAUAUGACUGCCAUCCUGUCAGAGCGGGAGGGAGAAAUGAAGUUAUACCAGGAACAGAUGAGAAUGCUGGAAAAGCAGAACGAAAUGCAUAAAACUACUCUCCAUCAGGUUACUAAGGACAUAACAGAGGAAAAACAGAAGACAAAAUUGCAGCAAGAACACAUUCAGGAGCUGGAGAAGCAGCAAGAAAAACAAAGGGUUGCAGUAAACAAAAUGAAUAAAGACAUGGAAGAGAGAGACCGGGAGAUCAGAUCCCAGCAAGAAGAGAUACGGGAGCUGGAGAAGCAGCGCGAAAUGCAGAGGACUGCGGUGAGCAAGAUGAGCAAAGAGCUGGAGGAGAGGGACCAGGAGAUCAAAUUCCUGGAGGGGAAAAUAAUGAUUCUGGAGCAACACGGUACGUCACAAGUGAGAAAUCUGCUUGUGGACCUUGAUGAUAUGAAAGGAAACUUGAAAGAGAAAACCGUAGAGCUUAUGUCUCUGACUGAGCAGAUCCAGCAACUGGAAAAGGAGAGAGAACAGGUGACAUCUCUGCACGCAAGCCUUGAACACCUGAGGGCAGUUCUCAAGGACAGAGAGAGUGAGUGUGACUCUCAAAGGGAUCAGUUAAGACUCUUCCAGCAGUCCAAGGAACAGCAAGAGGGUCUCCUGCAAGAGCUUCAUGGUAAAGUAGAAAAGAUGACACUUUCUUUAUCUAAAAAAGAUCAAGAGCUUGAGUCACAACAAAAGCAAAUCCAGGAAGCUGCAGAAGUCAUGGAAAUGCAGUUAAGGACUGUCCGUGACCAACUGGAGCAGACCUUAGAAACCUUAAAAGAAAAGGACAGACUCAUAGACAUCCAAAAGCAACAAAUACGGAACUAUGAGGAAAAAACAGAAGAACGGAUGAACGUCUUACAUAGAGACCUAGAGUGCACUAAGGCAAUACUGAAAGAAAAGGAUUUCAUGCUUGAAUCUCAGAAGGAAGUGAUUGAGAGCUUCCAAAAACAAGAACAAGACUCUGAACAGCAGAAGGAAAUUCUGCAGCAUCUUCAAGCGGCACUAAAGGAACAAGAGCAAGAAAUUUUAUCCCUUAGAAAGCAAUGUGAGGCAUGCAAGGAAAAGGAGGAAAAGCAUGAAGCUGAGCAAACACAUCUUCAAGCAACAAAACGGACUCUGAAAGAAAGGGAAGAAAAGAUUGAGGUUCUGGAGGAGGCUCUCUCUAAGCUUCAGCAGCAAAAGGAGGAGGCAGCGAUGCAGACUAAAGCCAUACUGCAAAAACUACAGUAUGCUGAGUCUUCUCUAGAAGCUAGAGAUCAUGAGAUAGGGUCUUUGCAAGAGCAUGUCCAGAGCCCUCAAGAGCAGAAGGAGUUAGAAGGCAAGCAGGCCAAGAGUCUACAGCAGGAUCUAGACAAAAUGAGCCAAAUAGUGAAGCAGAACCGUUUGGAGUUCCUCAGGCAGACAGAGCAAAUGAACAUGUUCCAGCUUCGUGAAGAAAGCAUGAAAGUAGCACUAACAUCAUGCCAGAAAAAAGUCAAUCUGCUUGAGGAAGUGGUGAGGAAGAGAGAUGAAGACAACAAAACUCUUAUGCAAAAACUCCAGCACCAAGAAGAAGAACUGAAGACCUUGCAGAACCUGCAGCUUCGGCUAACCGAGAGGAAUGAAGAGGUUAGUCAUCACAGAGAGCGAGAGAAGCUGCUGGAAAAAGCCUUGCCUGAGAGGGAACAGGAGACCAAGGCUCAAGGUGAGCAAAGAGAGUUAGAAGAGGAAAUAAGAGGUCUUCGGGAAGAUCUUCAGCACGUUCGGCAGACUCUGACAAAGAAGGAUGAAGAGAUCAAGCACCAGAGAGACCGAGUCAGGUAUUUAGAGAAGACUCUGACAGGGAGAGAAGAAGAGCUCAGGAGGCAGAGUGAACUCCUGAAACAAUUAACAUCAGCUUUGCGAUGGAAAGAUGAAGGGGAGACCCUAAAGAAACAAAUCCAGAAACUCCAAAAAUGGGAGGAAGAGGAAGCAGAGAAGAGGAAAGUUCUCCAGGAGAGAGACUGUCUCUUGCAAAGGGAGAGGGAGCUAACCCAACAACUGGAAUAUGAGCGGAAAGCAAAGGGGGAAGAAUUGGAGCAUGUGAUUGCUAUUUUGAAGCAGACUGAAAGCGGAGAAAUUGAAUGGAAAGAGAAGGCACAAGCACUGACUCUUGCACUUACCAAGAGUGAAACGGCCAAUGGGACUUUGAGAGAAGAAAUAGCCAUCCUGCAGAGUAUGGUUUCAGAGAGGGACAAGGACCGGUUUCACCUUCAGCAAGCUAUUGCAGAAGGGGAGCAGCGAUCAUGGCUCUCAGAGAAGAGACUCCUGUCGCAGCGGCUGGAAUGUCUGCAGCGAGCAAUUGCAAGUCUGGAAAAUGAGAAGAUGGAGCUGAAGCAAUUCAAUGCUGAGCUCAGGAGGACUCUGGAGCAGGUGGAACGCGAACGGAGGAGACUGAAGAGAAAUUAUGGUGGUCGGUCGGUGCCAGACGCACGUGGAUUUUCUUUCUCCGAGUCUGACCAGCCCAAGAUGCCUGCUUCUAGACAGGAGGAGUCUUGUGCUCGCUGCAGUCGAUUAGCUGAGUUACAGAACCAGGUGUCCCUUCUGCAGACGCAGCUGGCACAAGAACGGAAAUACAAGCAGGACUAUAUUGAGUGCUGUGCAAAGACGAGCCAGGAGCUGUCAGACCUUCACCAAGAGCUGUCUUACUCCUUAGCGGCUGUGGUCAGGGAGCCCAAAGCCGCUGUUCUGGAGGCAGAGACUCGGAAACUGUUCAACAGCCAGAUCUGCCAGAAGCGAUGACCUGUAUUGACAGGAGCAGUGUACAGCAAAAGGCCUUAGGAGGAGCCAAGAUGGGGACCUGCUGUAGCAGGUGAACUGUGGCAGGGGGCUUGGUUCAAGGCAAGAUAAAAGUUCAGGGCACAGUGUUCACUGCAGGUUCCCCAGCAGAAGCAGUGGUGGGACAAAACUGGUGCUGGCAUGUGUGGAUGUGGUCAGUCAUGGGCCUGGACAAGCAGGAUGAACCUGAGGAGCACAUAAAAUUUCUUCCUUUUCCAAAGCAGUCUCGUCAGCCUCCACACAGCCCUCCACAUUCGGUUGUUACUGUUAGUUUCUGUGCUGUACACAAAGGCUUUUUUUCUGGUUGUAUUUU